AAGCACUUUUGAUCGAGAAGCAGUCUGUCUUCUCAUAGUGCCAUGCAAUUGCGUCUUUAUUAUGUCCUCUCGGUAGUUUAAUUUUAAGGAUGUCAUCAAUAUCAUUCCUAUGGGUAUUAUAUUGCAUUGCUUCUUCCCGAUCUUUACUUCUACAUCUUAUCUUAUAAUUCUUAAUCAUUGAUCUGAAUGAUGUAAUUUAUCCGUUCGGAAUUAUAGGUUAUUUUAAUUUUUUAGAUACAUAGUUUUUUUUAAGAUGUCUAGAUAUAACUAUAUCCAUAUGUAUAGCAAAUAUUUUGUAUUUAGAAAAAUUAAAAUAAUCUAUAGUUUAGAAUGGAGGAAGCAGUACGGAUGCCAAACACUGCAAGUCUAUCUAUCUUCAAUGUAUUAUUAUUUUUUUUUAAAAUAAAUUCUUUCUCACCAAAAUUAAGCCUACUGUACGUUUUACAGAGGUCCUAUUUGUGAGGCCAAAAGAUUUAACGAAAGGAGGACGAAAUUUAUUUCGUCAAUAUUUUCCAUCAAAAUUCUAAUACUUUUUACAUUAGCAAUUUUCUAUACCCACCUAUUGUACCUACGUAUUACUUUGUUAUAGCACACACUUUUCUUUUCUUUGCAUAUGAAUUCACCCAUAAUUGGCGUUAUUAUUUGUUUAAGAAGGAUAAUAAUAUUUUUUUUGUGAAAGAGAAGGAUAAUAAUUAACAUUGUUUAUGGAAGGAGAAAAAAGAUGUGUAUAAUUUUUGGAAGAAAAAAUAAAUAAUAUCAUUGCUUGAUAGAAGAAAGACCGUGGCACGUAUAUCUCCACUAAUUUAAUUAAAAAAAACUUGAGGACAAGGUUUUUUGAGCACAAGUCGGGUUCACUUGUCGAAGCUGCUCAACGGGCCGGGCCUUCCCCUUGCCACCGAAGCCCAAGGGUUUAGUCUCUACUUAAACCCAACAUACCCACGAAACCGGGAGCACGAGACCCAAGCCGUGUUGCCAGUCGGUCAGCCUGCACUCCCCACUACCAACGACGAUGAAGCGAAAGCGCGGCGGCGGCGGCGGCGGAGCUGACACCGAUGGCGGCGCAGCCACAGGAGUGGUUGUAGUCGUAUCCAAUCUUCCACACGGCUACACGGCCUCCAGACUCAAUAAAUUGGUAGGCCAGGUGUGCUCGGUGGACCGGUGCCUUCUUGUUCCACAGAGAGGUUGCAAGAGGACCAGGGGGCUGGUAUACCUAACAAAUGUAGAAGAUGCUGUGGCAGCUAUGCAGCAAAGUACAAGUUUCAUUGUGAAUGGUAGAAAAGUUAGGGUUGAGCUAGCAGGCGGUCACCUCAAACUGAAGUCUGCCUUCCGUGUUGGACAUAGGACAAUCACACUAAAGCGAACACUUCGAAAUUCUUGUUUACAGAGAAAUGGUUUGGGGAGGAUUGGUAUGCUAAAAAACUGGGAGCAGCUGUGCCCCACUCGGGUCUGCUUGACUUCCAAGACUUUGUUCACCUCAGUACAGCAAUUGGUGUCAAGCCUGCCUAUGAUCUCUUUUACUGGCAUCAGAUUGAAUAGUGAUCAUGAUAAGGGGUGCGCUGCAGCAAUGGAAAUACUGAAAUAGCUGUAACUGAACCAACCAGGGUCUGAAUGGUGGUAAUUGGUGUUCAGGUUGCUGUAACCUGUAGAGUAACGAUGAGCUGCAAAUAGUCUCCGUGGUGGCUGGCUGCUAUUUUUGGAAAAUAUGGUGAUUUCAGUUUGCUGUGCCCUGUGG